AUGACAUCCUACAAGCAAGAGCAGUUAUCACUUUGUAUUCGGUAUGUUAAGGACUUGGAAGUAAAUGAGCGAUUUAUUUGUUUUAUGGAUGUUUCAAGUGGCAGAGGAGCAUCACAUUUAGCUAGUACAAUUUUGACUGCAAUUGAAAAGUAUAAUAUUCAUAAAAUACCAUUAGUAGCUCAAUCUUAUGACGGAGCUAAUGUAAUGUCAGGGUCAGUAUCUGGAGUUCAACAAAAAAUUCGAGAACACUAUCCAGAGGCAGUAUAUAUUCAUUGUUUAGCUCAUAAACUAAAUUUAGUUGUUUGUAAUACUUGCAGUAGUAUCAAGGAAGUAAGAAAUUUCUUUAAUACUCUUGAAGCUAUAUACGUUCACUUUUCUCAACCUGGUAUUAAUAAUGAACUGACUAAUUUGUUAUCUGAAAUGAAAAUUAAACCAUUAUCUAUCACGAGAUUGUGUGAAACAAGAUGGGCCUGUCGCUUCAAAAAUUGUGAUGCUGUAUUAAACAAUUUUGGUGCGAUAAUUAGCAUUUUAGUAAGAGAAGUUGACGAAGGUUUAAAUAGAGAUGUGCCACAAGCAAUUGGUCUCUUGAACAUGAUGAAAACCCCAACAUUUGUAUUUCAUCUAUUUAUAUUCCAUGAAGUAUUGAAAAUAAUAAAUAUACUGAGUAAGCAGUUGCAGCAAAAAAAUACUAAUUUGAGCAAUGCUACAAAUACCAUAAAUGGAGUGAUAAAAACAUUUGAAGAAAUGAGAAAUAUUGAUCACUUUUCUGGAAUUUGGGAUAAAAUUUCAAAUUUUGCAUCUAAAAAUGAUAUUUCACUUGAUAUUCCAAAAAAAUCAAAAAGACAGCGUACUGAACCUUAUCAUUUAAGAGACUUUGAUGUUACUGUUGCUACUGGUGCAGAACAACAGCUACCAAUUCAAUGUACAGAAACCGUAGACAAACAAAUUCAAAACUAUUGGCGUAAUCAUUUUUACAACCCUAUUGUUGAUACCAUUUUAAGUCAUUUAAAAUUAAGAUUUUCCGAAGAAUCGCAAGAAUUAGCCCAAGCAACAGAGAGUUUUAUAAGUCUUGACUUUACCAAUUCAUUAUAUUUUAUUAACCAUUACAAGGAUUUGUUUUCAAUAAACAUGGAGUGUUUAAAGUCGGAAAUGACAGUUGCUAGAAAUUGUGCAAUUCAACUUAGUAACAAAUUUGGCUUAAAAGAGCUAAAACAGGUAAUCAGUAAGACUGUUUAUCCAAAUCUGUUCAAGCUACUUCAAGUUGCCUUAGUUUUGCCGAUAUCAUCUGCUUCUUGUGAAAGAAGCUUUUCUGCAAUGAGAAGAAUAAAAUCUUGGACACGUACCACGAUGGGUCAGGAAAGACUAUCUGACUUAUCGAUAAUUCAUAUUGAGAGCGAUCUAGUCAUUGAUAAAGACAUCAUUUUAAAUAAGUUUGCUGAAAAUAAGCGCACGUUGCCUUUACAUUUUUAAUAAAUAAAUAAUAAUAAUAAAAUGUUUAGUUGUGUUUGUUUGAUUUUUAUUUUAUAUUUUUAUUUAUAUAAUAAUAUAUGGUAUAGUACUAUUGGGGUGUGUGAGGGGCGAAGCCCCUCACGAGUUUGGUCUGUUUCCUCAAAAAUGUUUGGUGCUUAAGCCCCCCUAAUGUUUUUGGGUGAUUUGCGCCUAUGCUUAUACCAGUCGUUUAUUUUGAAAGAAUCCUCAUUCCUCAACACUAUGUUCUAUGGUGUCUUCCUUAAGUUUGACGGAUGGGGCUUGAAAUGUUGAUGGAUCGAAACGUUUUAUUUUAUCUUGUUUGAAUAAUUCAAUAAAAUUAGCGUUAUCGCGCAAAAGUUGUUUAGGUACUUUUGAAUAACUCUGAGCCAUAUAGAAUACAUCAACUAAAUUAUGCCGACCUCUGGAGAAGUAAGUUCUUGCAAUCUUUUGGUUUUCAGUAAUAAUAUCGUCGAAAAUAAACACAGAGUUUGGUAAAGCUUGCUCAGGUUCAAUAACUUGUUCGUUUUCAUAGAAUGUAAAUAAUCCAACAUCAACAAUACUUCAAUUAGCAUUUUAUAUUUGGGUUGAUCCAAUGUUUUUGAAUAUAUGUAUACGUUAUGGAAUCAUAUUCCGUUUAUAUUGGUUAAUAAGGUAAAUAUUAAAUUAGUUUUCCCACAGCUGGAAGGACCGACGAUGAGUGCACGUAUCGUAUUAGGUAGCAGCGAUCCAUGUCUAUGCUGUUGAGCAGUUGUAGGUGGGUCCACGUUUUCAACUGUUAGUUUUAUAUCUUGCUUGAUAAACUUCAUUAUAAAUAACUGAGCAACGAUGAUAAAUCAAUCAAUACACAAUGUCACUCGCUCGAAGAAGCAACAAGAAUAAGGGUGGUGGGCUUAUCAACACGCUUAUAAAUAAAUUGCCGUUGGAAGUUCACGUGCCUGGUAAGUCCAGAAUAAUAAAUCCGAUAUUAACAUAAUAAUAAUAAUAUUUAUAUUUUUUUUAGGUUAUCAAUACUGUGGACCUGGUACAAAUUUAAAAAAACGAUUAGCUCGUUUUGACAAAUAUGACCUACUAGACUCUGCUUGUAGGGACCACGAUAUUGCAUACGAGUGAUAGCAACUCUAUCGCAGAUCGUAACAAAGCCGAUUAUAUAUUAGAACAGCGAGCCUGAGAUAGGUUGAAGUCAAAAGAUUCAAGUUUAAAAGAAAAAGCUGUGGCUUGGGGUGUGACUACUUCCAUGAAAGCGAAACGUAAAGUAGGAGGCUGCUGCGGUUUUAAAGCACCACUUAAAGCCACUAAAGACGUUAUAAAGAAAAAUACCGGUCAAAAAAACUUGAUGAAAUUGACUAAAAAAUGUGUAGCCGUCACGAGAAAAUCAUUCAAAACUAAGAAGACAAAAGUUCCUUGAACAAUAAAUAUUCCGAAAAAAGGCGGUGCGCUACCACUCAUACCGAUUUUUGCCGGGUUGUCAGCUCUGGGAGCCCUGACUGGCAGUGUAGCCAACGUUGUGAAGGUUGCUAAUGAAUUUAAUAGAAACACUCCUUCGCAUUUAGGCAAAGGGCUAUAUCUCACUCCGUAUAAAGGCAACUCAUACAAAAUAGAAACACCUCAUAAAAGUGGUAGGGGUGUAAAAGCGAAAAAAACUAAUAUCUACGUUACCCAGUAGAGCGUUGUACGAUUUCGAACUUAUAAAAAUCGCUAGUUUAAUGAAAAUACCUAAUUUCAGCGGCGUGUUUAACAGAGAUAUAUUAUGUACACGUUCUAAACGCUUAGAGUCAGCGAUUAUCAUCCUGGAUACGAGGGAAAGUACAGGAACGCAUUGGGUAGCGUAUAAGAAAAUCGGAAAAAGAGUCGAAUAUUUUACGACAGUUUUGGAAAUUUACCUCCACCAUUAGAAGUACAAAAAUAUUUUCACGGAUGUGACAUACAUUUCAAUUACAGCAGAGAGCAGAAAUAUAAUACUGCAAACUGUGGACACUUGUGUUUAAAAUUUUUAUCAUGUUCACAUUAACGUUAACCGGAAGCUCGAGUGCGUUGUCAUGCGAGAUCUUUCCACCGUUGGAAGUAGAAAAUACUGUUCACUGUUCAGAUAGGUCUUUUAAGCUUACAGACAAAUAAUUCUAUACCAAACAUAGAACCUGGUUGUAAUACUAUUGCCUUCCGUAAUUUGAUCAAUGAAAAUGUGUGCGUAAUUAAACCUACGGAAACAUUUGAGUUGGAUCAGUUAGAGUCUAUUAUACAAAAAAUGAUGCCCGACUAUGUCAGUAUGUUUGAAUUAAAAGCAAACAGUAGAACAUUAAAGUGUAUAAUAUCGUGCAGCCAUGAAGUUGAUUUAGGAGUUGAGAAUAGCAUAGCGGAAUUGUUAGGUUUUAAAAAUGUACUAUACACUACUGGUGCUACUCAUUAAUCUGAAAAUAUUGUCAACAUAAUGAAAAUAAACUGUAUAAAAGUAAAGUGUAAUUUAAUCACCGGCUCAUUCUGUGACGGAGUGCCGAGCCAGAUCAUACACGAGCUCUAUCCUACUGUACCUGUUGGAUAUAAAAUCGUUGAGGUACCUAGGCAUCCAGUUUUUUAUGGUCUCAACACGACUUCGAUAACUAAAGUAAAUAUCGUGCAAAAAGAUCAGAACGAUUGU